UCAUUACAUUUAUUGAUCCGUUUAUAAACAAGCACAAAAACGUGCUUUAAACAUUUAAUUUAAACUCAAACAUGUGUUAUAGCGGUAUACGAUAACUAAAUGUGGUGUUAAUUUUUCAAAAAUAGGUCGCAUGACGUAUUUGGACCUUACUUUUGUCCAUAUGUAGGUGAAGUGCUUAUUCAGUCCCACAAACAAGUUGUUAAAACGAAAAAUAUACGAAUGUUUUAAACAAUAUUAAUUAUCCACGUGGAAAUUUAAGCGUAACAAUGUCUGGUGGUGGAAAUCGUAAGAAAAACAAUAAAAUCCAAGGUUGGGAAGAUGCGGGAGUUGAAUUUUACCAAGAAAAUUAUCUUUCGAACGAGGUUGAGCUCCAAGAAGUGCUUAGAAAAGAUCCUAAACAUUUGGCGACUUUGCUUCCGAGCAAACAAAAUCGAGCUUAUUCCACGAUGCGGAUGCAUUGCACGGAUACUAAAUCACGUACCGUGAGGACUGUUAGAAGACAAACCGCUACUAGAUCAUGGAGGAGAGAAAAUACGGGGCGAAGACCUUCAGUUGCUGCUGAAGUACAAGUUGCAAUGUUACCGGAUUUAUCUGAACCUAUUUCUAAUGAACAAACAGCUUGGGAACAAGUAAUGAGGAUUAAGGAGUUACCUAUACCAAUGGCUGAAAAGAAAUUGAUGAAAAUGAAAAUACAAAGUUCACCAAAUUUACGUCUGCAAGGUUACGAACAAUUUAAAUGGAAGCGUAGAAAACUUUUUCAAAGAUUCAAUCAAAACUUUGAUGAAUUAUGGUCUAAAUUGGAAUUAUGGCAUAAUGAUAUGAAACAAAUGGAGGGGAAUUUUGGUACUGGAAUCGUAGCGUAUUUACUUUUUAUAAAAUGGUUAUUAUUUUUUAACCUAACAAUUUCAAUUGUAAUAUUUAUUUUUGUAAUUUUACCCUUAAUAAUCGGACCAACCCAAGAAGUGACCUGUGAUAAGCCCUUCGAUAAAAACAAUACAGACUGUUGCUUAUCUUCAUAUUUAAAUUCAACUAAUUUUAAAGAUGAUGCAAUAAGUGUUAUACAAGAUUUAGUUCAAGGGACAGGUCGUUUAGAGUACACCCCGUUUUUUUAUGGCAAUUACACCCAUAAAAACAUUCCUUACGCAAUUUUUAACAUAAAAAUGUAUUAUUUUUUACCGUUAGCCUAUGUAAGCAUAACAAUAUUAAUUUUACUUUACUCCUUAUUUUCUGUGAUUAAAGAAGCCGCGAAAUGUUUUCGAUUCAAAAUAAUCGAAGGCGAAGGUCAGUUUUAUAAAUAUUCAAAUUUAGCGUUUGCAAGUUGGGAUUUUUGUAUUCAUAACGAGAAAGCUGCUCAAAUUAAGAAGAAAGCGAUUUUUAACGAGACCAAAAGUAACUUAGAAGUUGAACGAUUACGAGAGGAAAAGAAAAAUAGAACGAAACAAGAAAACGCAAAAAUUUCCGUUAUUAGAUUGGUUAUAAAUUUGUUUGAGAUUGCCAUUUUGGCUUUAUGUGCUUGGUUGAUUUAUAUAGUUUUUGAAUUUUCGUCUCAAAAACUUUCCAAGAAAUUAACUGAAAUUGAAAAAUUAUUUUUUGAAUUUUUACCCUCGAUUUGUAUCGUAAUAAUGAAUUUGUUAAUACCGGUUUUAUUCCGCUAUUUAGUUGUUUAUGAAAAGUAUAGUCCGGGAUUUACCAUUUCGAUAAUAUUAAUAAGAACAAUAUUUUUAAGAUUAUCAUCGAUUAUUGUUCUUUAUGGCUCAAUGUAUUCGAUUAUUAUAACUAAUAAUAAAAUGGAAAAUUGUUUUGCAAACGAAUACAAAUGUUGGGAAACGUUUAUAGGUCAACACAUUUAUCGUUUAGCCCUAACAGAUUUCGCAACGCAUUUAAUAAUAACAUUCCUUAUUAAUUUACCUCGUGCUAUCUUAGAAAAAAGCACCAAUAAUAAAUUUAUCAAAUUUAUUGGUGAACAACACUUUGAUUUACCCAAAAAUGUCCUCGAUAUCGUCUACAUGCAAACAUUGUGUUGGUUAGGAACUUUUUACACUCCUUUUCUACCGGUAAUUUAUGUAAUUAUUUUAUUUUUUAUGUUUUAUGUUAAAAAAUUUGUAAUAACAGUGAAUUCAAAACCAUGUAAAAUGAUCCAUCGUGCGUCAACAUCAAAUUUCAUGUUUAUGAAUAUGCUAUUAAUUUCGUUUAUCGUUGCCGUAUUUCCCGUGGCUUACACAAUCGGUGAAUUAAAACCGAGCGAAUCUUGCGGUCCAUUUCGAGGUUUAAACACCGCUUGGGAAAUUGUAGAAAGAACGUUAGAAAGUACACCAGAAAUAAUUAGAAACUCAAUGAGAUAUUUAACAACGGCCGCAGUAACUGUUCCACUUUUUAUCAUCUUAAUACUUCUUUUGUAUUAUUACGCCGCUGUUAAUAAUGCAAAUCGACAUAUGGUUCGUGUACUUAAAGAUCAAUUGGUACUUGAGGGGCACGAUAAACAAUUUUUAUUAGAAAGACUUAGUCAAUUUAUUCGACAACAACAAGAAACUCAAAAGCAAUUGAGACACGUUGAUGGUGAUGUUAAUAUUUCUAGUCAUUAAAAUUAUUAUUAAACAGUUUUUAAACCAGAUUUAUCGAAUUGAUUUUCAUUUAAUUAGAGUUGCUGUGAUAUUAAAUGAAAAAUGUAUACCUAAUUUUAAGUUGAACACGCAAUAUUCCCUUUAUUUUCUAUUUAUCAACAUAUCAGUAUUAAUACCCAAACAGAUUUUAAUUUAUUAAUAUAAUAAAUUAAUUAAAUAUUUAUAUACAAAUAAUCGGUAAACUCUAUACAUAGAAAAGAGAAUACAAUUUUAUUUUAGCUUAUUUUUAAAAGAAAAAUCAAUCGAUACGAAAAUGUAGCUUAUAAAAUUGAUGAAAAUACGGCCAAUAUAUUCCAUGCGACCUCUCAAAUUAUUUUAUCUGCAUGUAGUCCAAAGUUAUGUACAAAGCUAUCUUGUGUAAGUGAAAAUAAAUUGAUUCGUAUUUAU